AAAACUGGAUGAUAACGAGAGGCAGCCGGAGAUUGUCAUGGACGACGAAGACGACUAUGAUGACGACGACGACGACGACGACGAGGAACGAGACGAGGAAGAGGAGGAGGGGAGUUGGGUUCGCUGGUCCCAGCGCCGUUUAGAGUGCCCUGAGUCUCAGUUAGGAGACAAAGCAGAUUCCAGAACAUCACGUGAAUCCGUUGCGAUACCCGAAUCCGACAAGGGCUCCGAAGCACAGCUCCGAAUCGAACUCGGGUCUCGCGCUCUCAUUGGACCCUCCUUUUUAUCCUGGACCCCCGAGGAGGUGGCUGAAUGGAUCGAAGUUCUGGGCUUUCCCCAGUACAAGGAGUGCUUUACUACAAAUUUUAUCUCUGGCCGCAAACUCAUCCAUGUAAAUUGUUCUAAUCUACCACAGAUUGGGAUAACUGACUUUGAACAUAUGAAGGAAGUUUCUCAGCAUGUGCGAGACUUGCUGGAAAUAGAGGAGGCUCCCUUUGUCCGAAGCAUUUCUCUCCCCCACAGAGAUAACACAGGAUUGUUUCUAGAGCAAAAAUCUAAAACCGGACCACGAAGUGAUGCGCUUACCUAUUCUCAGUUUGUCCAGGAGAAAGGACUGCAAGAAUUUGAGCCACAGCCUCCAAGUCCACCACAUGAAGAACCCCAGCAUGAAGAUUCACAGUAUGAAAGUCCACAAGAAGCUAAUUCAGUUUAGUCAAAUAAAUAAAUUGGCAUUGUUUUCACA